GCUGUGAUUGGCUGACUGGAAAGUGUGUUGUUCUCUAUGGAGAAAAGAAAAUGUAAAAAAGGAUAAAUUCGCGUUUUGAUCACAGACUGUGGCUUUGAGACUUUUCAGUACGCCUACAACAUGCCUGCUUUCCGGCAAGUGGGAGAGAAGCAGCUUCCUAACCCUGUGCUGUGCAUGGCAUGGUCUCCAAAAAGGGAUCUUAUUGCUCUGGCCAAUACCACUGGAGAAUUGUUACUACAUCGCUUGGCAAGUUUCCACCGUGUCUGGAGCUUACCCCUCAGUGAAUUUACAGGAGAGGAGAUCACUGCACUUGCAUGGAGGCCUGAUGGUAAAAUAUUGGCAUUCAGCCUUGGAGACACAAAACAGGUGGUCCUGUGUGAUGUUGAGAAAGCAGAGAUCCUCCACAUGUUUGCUGUGCAGAAUCCUGUAUCCUGCAUGCACUGGAUGGAAGUUACAGAUGAAAGCUGUUUCAGUCCCCUCUGCUCCUUCUACCACUCUGAAUGUGAAUCCAAACUUUUUCUUCCCAAAUUACCAACACUUCCCAAGAGCUAUAGCACAACAUCAAAGAUCUUCAGUGAGGAAAAAUCAGAGAUACUAAAUCUCCUGGGUGAAGUCAGGCUGAACAUACUUGUACUUGGAGGCGAUGAUGGCUUUGUAGAACUUUAUGCAUAUGGAAUGUACAAGAUUGCAACUUUAAGAGUUUCAGGGACCUGUCGUAGCCUGUGUUUGUCCAGUGAUCUCAAGUCACUUGCUGUCAUCACAGAAGUUAGGUCAGCUGACAACAACCCAGAAAUCUGCCUUGUCCAGCUGGACACAGGGUUGUUGUCCAACUGUCUGCCUGAGGUCACCAGGAUGGCACGCAAGUUCACCCACAUCUCCACCCUGCUGCAGUACCUCCACCUCUCACUGUCAUGCAUGUGUGAAGCCUGGGAGGAUAUACUCAUGCAGAUGGACUUUCGACUCACUAAAUUUGUUCAGGAAAAGAACACAAGUACUCAAGUCCAAGAUGAAUUUCUGGAGCUUCUGCUUUGGGGACAGUCGAGCCCUGAAUUACAGGCUCUUCUCAUGAACCAGUUGACUGUCAAGGGGCUGAAGAAACUUGGCCAGUCCAUCGAGUCUUCUUAUUCUAGCAUCCAGAAGCUUGUGAUUAGUCACUUACAGAGUGGGUCUGAGGCUCUGUUAUAUCACCUCAGUGAGGUAAAAGGCAUGUCUCUGUGGAAACAAAAGUUCCGACCUCUCGGCCUGGACUCAGCUGCGGUAGAAGCUGCUAUUUCAGCUGUGGGUUGCUUUUCUCUGAAAGCCAGUGAGCUUUUGCAGGUGAUUGAUAAGAGUAUGAAAAACUUCAAAGCCUUUUUCCGGUGGCUGUAUGUUGCUAUGUUAAGAAUGUGUGAGGAGCACGUGCCACCAGAACUCAACAAGAUGACACAGAAGGACAUAGCUUUUGUAGCUGACUUUCUUUCUGAGCAUUUUAGCGAGAAUGAAGAGCUAUUUGAUCGUAAAGGGAAGUACUUCAAUGUGGAACGAGUUGGUCAGUAUCUGAAGGAUGAGGACGAGGACCUUGUGUCUCCACCCAACACUCAGGGAAACCAAUGGCUGAAGUUUUUACAGGACAGCACACAUCUACAAGCGAGCCCUUUGCUGUUCCCUUCUUAUCCACAAAAGUCUUUGCACUUUGUCAAGAGGAUGAUGGAAGAUGUGAUUGAGCAGUGUCUAAAGAAACCUGCAAAAGUAAUUGGAGAGUCUAUAAAACAGGCCAUGUGUUUGCCUCUGUACACUGUACCAGAAAGUGCUGAGAACACCCCACGACUGUUUGAGCUUCCGUCAUUGUGGAAUGACAAGAAGGCUAAAAUGCACUGUGUUGUGUUCUGUAUGCCAGAGAUUUCACCCCACAAACUCUAUCUGCUACGAAGAGGAACAGAUCCGUACAGGCAAAUCCCCCACAGUGUCGUGUCAAUUAACCUCAGCCAUCACACAGACUGUGAGGAUGAUGACAAUGCUCCAGUCCAGCCUAAUGUAGACACCUGCAUGGAUGCUCGAUUCUAUGAUGACGAAACGUUAACUGUAGCCUUGCAAGGAGAGAACGGCAGGCGUAUACUGGCUCAGCUUCCUCUUGCUUCUGCUCUCAGCUGUGACAGUGAAUUCAACUGGGAGCCAAACAUGAGGUUGGACCAGCAGAGUGACACCAUCCCUUGCCAAGGUUUGGUGUUGGCUAACCAAUGGCGGGACCUGGAGAACAUGAAGGCUCAGCAUGUAGCUGUCAACGGCAUCCGUAAAGUGGCCUGUGUGCUGAGUGCAAAUCUGAGGCACAUACGUGUCUUUGAGAUGGAUGUUGAAGAUGAGGAUGAAGAAGGAGCUGAAUCACAGAAUUCCAGUGCCGACCACGAUGGCCUGGAAGUUGCCACGGGCAGUCAGGAAAAGGGAGAGAACGAAGAGGCUGAUGCUGAACAGCAUGAAAGAAGUCCAAAAACUGAGGAGCAUCUCGAAUCAGAAGCCCUGGAACUCUCUUAAAACUCUGCAAAGCAACCACAGUAAUGACGUGACAUAAAUCCAGCUUUUUGGGGGGGUCCCAACAUAUAA